AUGAGUUUAGGAGUAACUAUUGAUUCUGCUGGUGCAAAAGGGUACUUUACUCUUGAGCCUAAUAUGAGUUUAGGAGUAACUAUUGAUUUUGCUGGUGCAAAAGGGUACUUUACUCUUGAGCCUAAUAUGAGUUUAGGAGUAACUAUUGAUUCUACUGGUGCAAAAGGGUACUUUACUCUUAAACCUAAUAUGAAUUUAGGAGUAACUAUUGAUUCUGCUGGUGCAAAAGGGUACUUUACUCUUGAGCCUAAUAUGAGUUUAGGAGUAACUAUUGAUUCUACUCGUGCAAAAGGGUACUUUACUCUUAAACCUAAUAUGAAUUUAGGAGUAACUAUUGAUUCUGCUGGUGCAAAAGGGUACUUUACUCUUGAGCCUAAUAUGAGUUUAGGAGUAACCAUUGAUUCUGCUCGUGCAAAAGGGUACUUUACUCUUAAACCUAAUAUGAAUUUAGGAGUAACUAUUGAUUCUGCUGGUGCAAAAGGGUACUUUACUCUUGAGCCUAAUAUGAGUUUAGGAGUAACUAUUGAUUCUACUCGUGCAAAAGGGUACUUUACUCUUAAACCUAAUAUGAAUUUAGGAGUAACUAUUGAUUCUGCUCGUGCAAAAGGGUACUUUACUUUUGAGCCUAAUAUGAAUUUAGGAGUAACUAUUGAUUCUGCUCGUGCAAAAGGGUACUUUACUCUUGAGCCUAAUAUGAAUUUAGUUUAG